AUGCCAAUGCCGGGCCUGAACUAUGCUUUCCAUCAUGGACAUGCCUCGCACACAAACAUCAAUCAUGUAGAACUUUCUCUCUUCUCUGCUCGUAUUCCUCCGGCUGAGUAUCAACAGUCUCGACGUGAUAGCCAUCCACACUACGACUCGUCAUACCCGACGUCAUACCCCAAUGCAGCCGAACCGUACAAUGCUCACAACAAUGCGUUACUCGCAGCACAUAGCCCUGUAGAUAACGCUUGCGUGCCAUUGCAUGGUAUGACAGGCAUCCCACUUGGUGUUUACGACUUUGACGAGUCCCGCGGGUGGCAGCACCACAAUGGAUAUGGACAGGAGACGAACAGUGCCAAUGCUGUCGGCUAUUCGACCAGGGAAGUGGAUGCAUCGUACACCUUUGCAAAACUUGAUGAUCGUCAACACUAUGAAGUUCAUGAGGGUUCUGGUUUAGACGCAGAAGAAUAUGACGAAAGUCUUUCCUGCAGCCAAUGUAGCACACUCUUCCAUGGCAAAUACCGUAGCGGAAACCUGAAACGACAUAUUCGUGCCUUCCACAGUGUGGUGGCUUCGGUUCUCGGACUGACAUGCCGUGUCUGUAAGAAGCAAUUCAAACGAGCAGACGCUACCCGGAAGCAUGAGUGGGAGCAGCACAGUAUGCUUGACGUGAAGCCAAAGAAGAGGGCAGCAAGCUAG